AAAAUGAACAAAAAUGGAAGAGUUGCUGUGUGCGGUAGUAUAAGCGCAUAUAACGAGGAUCCAGCAAAAAUGCCCAAAGCGACAGUUCUACAGCCCACUAUUAUCCUUAAAGAACUGAAAAUUGAAGGUUUCUAUGUGUCUCGUUGGUCUCAGCCAAAGGAUAGAUGGCCAGAGGCGUUCUCUAAUCUUGUGCAGUGGAUCAAAAAUGGACAGAUUAAAGUAAAAAGCCACGUGACAGAAGGUUUUGAUAACAUUUACGAGACAUUUAUUGGAAUGCUUGCAGGGGAGAACACUGGGAAAGCUGUGGUUAAAAUAUGAUAUUCACAUUUCAUCACAAUGUUUGGCACACUUUAAUAAACUAUUAAAACAUUAUUAUAAUAUCUAUUUAUAUGUACGUAUAAUUGGCUGUUUUAAUAUUAAUUAAUGUAAUUUUUCAUGUGAUAAAUUAAAAUUAAAGUG